AUGGGUUUUAUGAUUAAAAUUAUUCAUCCCGAUUGUGUUCCAGUACAAAGAAAUGGAUUCGAUUGUGGCAUUUUUAUGAUUAAAUUCAUGGAGGAUUAUGAGAAUGCAUCCAAAGCAGGGGACAAGUAUCAUUCUGUGAACGAGCGUUUGCGCAUAGCUCUCACCUUGUUGAAGCAUCCGGACAACCAAGCACGCAACAAUAUUGCUGAAGCUAGACAAAGGUCACUUCAAAAAGUUAUAUGCAAGAAACGUGGAUCAAACACAAUGAAGACAGAUCAAGACUGCACAACACGCAGCGAUACCGAUGAAGGUUCGCAAAGGUCUCCAAAGAAAAUGAAGGCAAUCCAAGAAAUAGAUGCAACCAACAUGAACAAGAAAAUGGGUCCUGGUCGGCCUCGUGGCUCAAAGAAUAAACCUAAGAAAUAACCAAUAGCGCACACCAAGUUACAACUAGUUACAUUUUAUCAGACUCUUUUGCAAGUUACAUUUGAUUGUUAG